CACGAGACACAACCUCUAAUGGAUCUGCCUCUUCUCACCACCACCGCGACCACCACCACCGCCACCUCCUAAACCAGCUCCCUCUUUCAUUUUCUUCUAGGGUUUAGUUAGGGUUUUAGAUUUUCCCCAAUUUUUCAUCCCAAUUAUUCAAUCAGAAUACAAAGAUUAGGGUUUCUUUGGUACGAAGGUGGUGAUUCUUGGGUUUUUCGAAACCCUAACUACUACUGGGGAGGAGAUUUGAGUGAAGAAGAGGACAGGAACAAAGAGAGAUAUGGUGUUGUUUCUUUGUGGUGAAGUGAUAUGAAGUGUAUUGAAUAUGAAUGAUGGAGGUAAGGAGAGUGGAAGUCAGAACAGCAACAAGGGGAAGAAGAAAUUAUUGCUAAAUAAUGGUGGUGGUGGAGGAGAUGAUUUUGCUAGAGCAAUUGCAAGAAUUGCGGUGGCACAGAUAUGUGAAACUAUGGGAUUUGAGACCCUUCAUGAGUCUGCUUUAGAUGCUCUUUCUGACAUUUUGAUUCGUUACCUUUGUGAUUUAGGGAAAACGGCUCAAUUUUAUGCUAAUUUGGCUGGAAGAAUGGAUUCUAAUAUUUUUGAUAUAAUUCAAGGAUUGGAAGAUUUGGGUUUCUCGCAGGGUUUUGUUAAUGCAUCAGAUAUGAAUCGUUGUUUAGUUGAGUCGGGUAUAGUUAGAGAGAUAACAGAUUAUGUGAAUUCAGCAAAAGAUAUUCCUUUUUCCAGAACUGUUCCACGGUUUCCUUUUGUUAGAGAAUGGAAAGCUACACCGAGUUUUCUUCAAAUUGGUGAAACACCAGCUGGUAAACAUAUUCCUGCUUGGUUACCUGCUUUUCCUGAUCCUCAUACUUAUAUUCAUACUCCUGUAUGGAAUGAGAAAGUGAGGGAUCCUAAAGCAGAUAAAAUCGAGCAAGCAAGACAGAGGAGAAAAGCAGAACGUUCAUUGUUGAGUUUUCAGCAGAGGUUAGCUUCUAGUGGUUCGGAGUUACCCAGCUCAGUUGGAAAGGGUACUAACCAAGCAAUAGAUACUAAUCCUUUUCUUGCUCCACCUGGUAAUGAAGAAGAACCAGUACAUGUUCAUUCAUCUAAGUUGCGGAAAGAAUUGGUAGGGGAGAAUCGGAUCUCCGUGCUAGAGACGUUUGCACCAGCUAUUGAAGCAGCAAGUAAGAGCGGGUCUUCUGAAGUGGGUGAUGGUGUGAGUAAAGCUGUUCUUCCUCUAAACAAGAAACAGGCUGUUCAUUUUAAAUUUGGAAUUGGGAGGAAAUCCUUAGGAAUGCCUGUAGAUUUGACUCUUCAAAACAGCAUUGGAAAGCCAAUUGUUUGGUUCCGAAGGGAUGAAGAGAAAGAUGAUAAGAAAAGGAGAGCAGAGCAAAUUCUGAAGGAAGCUAUUGAAAAUCCGCAGGAUCUUGCUCAGUUGUAAAGUAAUUUUUUUACAGGGUUCGCUUGGUGGGAAUUUGUAUACUUGUUCCAACUUUCGUUGCAAUUCAUCGGUGAGGAACAUUUUUCCCCCCAAUCUUUUCAAUGAAACACCCAUUUAGGUUCUGAUUAUUUUGAGGAGGGUCAUCUAUCGCCCUGCUUUGUUUGGUUACAACUGAAACCCCGCGUCCUUGGUGGCUCACGUGGAGAUGGUUCAGCUACUAAUUUUAGAUCAGAAUGUUCUCCUUGUCUUUUUUAAUGUAAAAGCAUUUAUAUAGCAAGUCCCUGUGUGGGUACUACAAAUUCUUUUAGUGGUUUUUGCAGCAUGAGAUUUAGAUAAAUAUAAAUUGCUUGUCUAAUGGUAUCUUCUUAUUAUUCAUUGUUGGGUCUUAAA